GGGGGAAAAGGGUGAGGAAGAAUGGAGAGAAAGUGUCUGGGGUGGAGAGAGAGAGAGAGAGAAAGAGAGAGGCCGUGUUUUGGAACUCGAACCCAGUGAAGGAAAGGCUGUCGAAUUCCACGGGAUCCGUGGGGGCUGUCCCAUCACCUUUCUUUGUUUAUUAGGGUUGUAGUACCAUUAAUAACUAGAAAAGUUUCAAUUAAGUCUGAUCAUUGGCUUGUAGGAUCUGCCGGGCAUAUAGUCUCAAGCGUACCACUACUCCAUACACCACCGCCAACUCUCUCACGCUCUGCUCGCUCCUUUAGCUUCCGCAUUCAAUCUCUGAGAAUGAAGAUCUUCGGAUGGAUGCAAAAUAAGCUGAAUAGGAACAGAAAUACCAAUGCAACUGCACCUACUUAUCAAACAAACCCCUCAAGUGGGAAGGAAGAAUUCAAGGAUUGGCCUCACGGGCUAUUGGCGAUCGGAACUUUCGGAAACACUUCCGAAAGUGUAAAUGAAAAUCAUAUCUCAUAUCCCCAACUUGCCGAAGAGGACAACCCAUCUUCAUCCGAAGACAUCCUCGAGGAUUUCACACCUGAAGAAGUUGAAAAAUUACAGAGCGAACUGACGAAGCUCCUAUCCCGAAAGCCCGCAAAUAGCUCCAACGUGGAAGGAAAAGUCGCAGAUCUCCCCCUGGAUGAAUUUCUCAAUUGCCCGUCGAGCUUGGGAGUAGAUCGACCAAUCAGUAAUACAAAUGCAAUCUGCAGCGAGGCAGAGGAUGAAGAUGAAGAUAUUGAGAGGACGAUUAGCGUAAUCCUUCACCGGUGCAAAGGCAUUUGUGCAAAUAGUGAGAAGAAGAAAAUUAGGAAGAGGUCCGUCGCCUUCCUUCUAAAGAAGAUUUUUGUGUGCGCAAAUGGGUUCGGCCCCGCUCCAAGUUUGAGGGGUACCCUUCAAGAAUCGAGAAUGGAAAAGUUUUUGAGGAAAAUGCUGCACAAGAAAAUAAACUCUCCAAAUUCUUCUCAUGGGGCGUCAUCCUUGCCAACAUACAUGGAGAAUAGACAGAAGUUGAAUGUAGAAAAUGAAGAGGAAAAGCAGGAGAAAAUCGGAGAUGUUGGACACAAAUGGGUGAAGACAGAUUCUGAAUAUAUUGUUCUGGAGAUGUGAGAAAGAUACCCUUUGCCAUUGCUUCAACUCAUAAGGUUCAGAUGCUUCUUCCAAGUGAUUCAAGAACUCAAAAGAUACUUGAGAUUAUCAAAACUUGUUGAUAUUGUAAGGAGUUUUUAAGAAUCAUCAAUAAAUUUGUCACAAGCAACACUAAUGAGAAGAGCAAAAAAAUUUACUACUAAGAGACAAUGUUAUCCUUUUGGGGACUACUCUUUUUAACUUUUCUUUCCUCUUUUCUUUUCUCAUGGUUGUAUCUCUUUUAUGAUACAACUCAUGCUCUAUGACAUUGUCUAUUGAGUUCUGUAACUAUUUUUAUUGCCA